GGUGUGAAUGGUUGGCAACGCGGACAGCAGUUCAGUUUCGAUACUCUGGCAACUCUAAUGUAGAGAAGAUGUCGUUUACUAGUAAACUUCUACAGAAUACCACACGGCUAUGGAAUGGCAUCAACGCCACACGUGGUUUCCAUGUGUUGAUGCGGCCCACAGUCAAUGCCACAACAACCACAACGCCGGUUCACAAUUCAACUGGUCAGCAAUUGGUGCCCACAACUAAUCUAGUAUCCUCCUUUCUGGCGCCUUUCAAUGCAUAUAUCCAACAAGUGGCAGGAUUUAAAGUGAAGGGUCGCUUAAAGCGGCGCUGCAAGGAUUGCUAUGUCGUGGUACGUCAGGAGCGCGGUUAUGUCAUCUGUCCCACGCAUCCGCGCCACAAGCAAAUGUCAAUGAAGAAACGUGAUUACAAGUCGUGGAUCCUGACGCAUGCCACGCAAUCCAAAGAGAGGGGCUAUUAAUUCAUAUGUUUAUGUAUAAAUACCCAAUAGGAUUUUAUUGACUUGAAUAAAGUAAUGUGUUGAAUUAA